AUGGGAUUUCUGUGGUCAUUAGCAGCUAUUUUUGCCGGGUAUUUUAUCGGUGAAAUCGUUCGCCUUGCCCUCCGACGAGUCCUUCCUGAAGUGUACUACCCAUACGCCAAUGAACUGAUCUCUACCUUCCAGUUGUCAGUUUGCGUCUUCGAGAUUUCCGUCAUCGGAAGAUUCUACAAUCCUUGGAUUGCGCUGUGGUGUUCUUUUGUUCUGCUUUCUGUAAAAAAUUUGGGGUUUGUUUUUGAAGGAGCCUUGGCGAAUCCUUGCGGGCUUUUAGAGGAUCUAGUUUACGAUCAGGGAUGGCUCACGGAUAAUCUAGCGAAAAUCGUCUUCCAAGUUUUAGGCGCGCUUUUGAGUUUUCCGUUCAUUCAGAUGCUAUGGCUGUCGACAUGGAGUGAACUACAUUAUCAGCAAGUCAAGAAAGGCCUUCGAUCUACGCUCGACGUUUCCCUGUUGUAUGGAUUUUCGAUCGAAAUCUUGGCCACUUUCGUGUCCACCACGAGCGACUUCUUGUCACGUGGCACACUAAGAAGGUUCAACCCAGUGAUUCGAUCGGUGGUCUGUGUCCUUCUCAGCUUUUUUCUAUCCGAAACUACUGGAACGUGGAUGAAUCCUGCGCUGGCUACGGCCCAAACGUUCGUUUAUUGUUCGAGAAAAGAGGUUAUUACCGAGCACCUGUUCGUGUUUUGGCUCGGACCGAUCAUCGGAACACUCGCGGCUAUCGAAAUGAACACUUUAUUUCUGAAGCCUUCAGUGAAUACCCAAAGAACAAAGAAUAGCUUAGCAAAGAAGAUCAAGCAAUCUUCAGCUAAGAAUCAUCGGAAUAGAGCAGUGAAUUCUAACAGCGAACAAAAGGAAAGACUUGCAAAAAACGCGUAA